AUGCCCAUGGCUACCCAAGACAGAAUUGACCCGGCCAUUGGGGGUUACACCUCUGGUAACACUCUAGCUUACACUGAAACAUACCCUCUUCCUCACGAACCUUCCCUCAAUCCCCAUGGGAAUGGUUAUAUCUCAAACACCCAGAUUGUCGAGAAGUCUGGCGAUCUUGAUAUUGAGACGCAAGCCGGUCGGACUUUCUCGAUACAAAAUCCUAACAUCCUGAACCGCGUCGAUGGUAAACCGUUUUCAUACAAGAUCAAUGCCCCACCCAUGCAGAAGUUGCUGGCUUCGCCAGAUAGUUAUCAUUUCAAACGGGCAGAAUUUGCCGACCAUGAAAUUUACGUGACAAAGUAUAAGGAGGACGAACUUUUCUCUGGCGUCAAAUUCACUAAUCAAAGUCGGGGUAGACACGGCAUCAAGAGAUAG